AUGUCUAAACUAUGUCGCCACUGGAGUUUUGCUUCAAAUCACGCUUCUGAUCCUGAUGGGAGACUCAUUAUUAUAUGGCAGCACCCAGCUACUGUUAACCUGCUUCAUCAGACUAGACAAACACUCACGUGCGAAGUUGCUAUCCCUGGAAACAGACCUUUCAUCUACACUGCAGUGUAUGCAGGCAACACAAGAACUGAGAGAUGGGAUCUAUGGGGGGAGCUCCUGAAUGUCUUCCAAGUUUUAUCUCUCAAUCUCUCUCCCUGGAUGCUAGGAGGAGACUUUAAUGAAAUCACUCAUCAUUCUGAACACUCACUUCGUGAGGUAAACACUGUCACUCCACAGAUGACUGAGUUCAAUGAUUGCAUCCGUCAGAUUGGUGUGUUCGACCUUCGCUUUCAAGGACCUCAGCAUACAUGGUCAAAUCACCAGCCGGAGAUGCCCAUUGCAAAGAAACUGGAUAGGCAACUUGUUAACUCGCAGUUCAUUGCUUACUACCCCAAUAGCACUAGCUACUUCCUCCCUUCCCUAACCUCUGACCACACGCCCUGUCUUACUGACUUAGCCCACCAACUUCCAGUCUCUGGAACCAAGCCUUUCCGUUUCUUCAAUUACCUCACCAAACAUCCGCAAUUCAUCCAGCUGGUUACUGAAGCGUGGAAUGAGGCCGGAAGCAUGGCGGUUAACUUGACCAACCUGUGUACGUGCAUUGGAAACACCAUCAGAGGAGUUAUUCCAAGAGGAGCGGGAUCUAUUGCAACGAUGGUUGUUCCUAAGAACUAUAGAGGAGAGCUAUUUCAGGCAAAAAUCUCGAGUGAAUUGGCUUCAGGAGGGAGAUCAGAACACAACCUUUUCUUCAGAAUCUUCCAAACCAGAAUGAGCUACAACUCCAUAAGAUCUUUCCAGCUACCUUCGGGGGAGUUCAUCACUGACCCAAUAGCUAUGGGUUACAUUGCUGUUAAUCACUUCAAAGCUAUUUUGGGGCCUGCUGAAUUGACGCCUCCUCCUGUACACUCUACACCAGACUGGUUCCAUGCAUGCAUAGGCUUCUGCUGUCCUGAAAAUCUUAUACCCUCUUUGGUAUCGAUACCAACGGCUGAGGAAAUCACUAAGAUGAUAUUUAGGCUGAACACUAACAAAGCGCCAGGGCCUGACGGCCUAACUUCAGGGUUCUUCAAAGCAUCAUGGUCGCUUCUAGGGGAUGAGGUAGCUCAGUCUAUCAUUCACUUCUUUCAUACCUCGUUCCUUCCGUCUUCCACUAACUCAACCAUCCUUGCUCUGAUCCCCAAGAGACCGGGAGCUUCUGCUAUAUCUGAUUUCCGUCCCAUUGCUCUCCUAAAUACAAUCUACAAAGUGAUCUCAAGACUGCUAGUGAAACGGUUAAAACCUAUACUGCCUUCUCUAAUUGUGCCUAAUCAGACUGCGUUUGUGAAAGACAGGUUAAUGGUGGAGAACACGGUGCUUGCGGCAGAAUUAGUGCACGGAUACCAUAAGAGAAAAGGACCGAAGCGCAUCACCAUCAAAGUAGACAUUGCAAAGGCUUUCGACACGCUCUCUUGGGAGUUUUUGUUCAACUGUCUACAAGGGUUACAACUUCCUGAGGUGCUGCUGAAGAGACUUAAAGCGUGUAUUUGCUCACCAAGCUUCAUGAUUGGGUAUAAUGGAAGUGUUCAGGGGUACUUUAAAGGAAGAAGGGGUUUAAGGCAGGGAGACCCUUUAUCCCCCUAUCUGUUUGUGAUAGCCAUGAAUGUGCUCUCUAUUAUGCUCAAUAAAGCGGCUCAUGAUUUGAAGUUCAACUACCACUCCAAAUGCUCAUCCUCAAAGCUCACCCAUCUUUGCUUUGCUGACGAUCUCCUCAUUUUCAUCGAUGGGAGUCUUGAAUCAGUGCAGAAUGUGCUUCAGAUCCUCCGUGAGUUCGAGCUACGCUCAGGACUGGCCGUCAGUGUAGAGAAGUCUUCGUUCUUUGCGUCUGGUCUGACUCAGCAAGAGCUAGAUGUGAUAAAAGUCUCUACAGGCAUGCCUCAUGGUCAGUUACCAGUGAGAUAUCUGGGAGUUCCCCUAACCUCAAAGAAGCUUUCAAUCCAAAACUGCGAGGUGAUGAUCCAACAGGUGAAAGGCCGUCUUAAUUCUUGGAGUGCAAAAUCAUUAAGCUUCGCAGGGCGGCUACUACUAAUCAAGACGGUAAUUGCGGGAAUAAACAAUUUUUGGUGCUCGUCGUUCAUCUUACCCAAGGCCUGCAUUAACAGCAUAAACAGCCUCUGCGGAUUAUUUCUUUGGAGGGGGAAAGCUGAAGGACCUAGUGCCGCAAGAGUAGCGUGGGAGAAAGUAACCAAACCUAAAAGCAAUGGGGGUUUAGGAAUCAAGGACCUAUCAACUUGGAACAAAGCUUCAUGUCUAAAGCUAGUUUGGCUAUUAUUUUUCCAAUCAGGUUCAGUAUGGGUAGCGUGGUUCAAGACUGAAGUUUUGCAUGGGGAUUUAAGCAACUACUGGAUAGUGAAGACAAAUCCUAAGUUCUCAUGGCUAGCAAACAAACUGAUCAAGAUGAGAGAUGAGGUGUAUGCCUGGAUAAAAAUGCGCAUAGGCAAUGGAAGGAAAUGCCGCUUCUGGACUGACAAUUGGUCUCCAUUUGGCUCAUUGGAGAAAUACCUAUCUCGCCCGAUGCAUUCUCGGUUGGGCAUUUCAGCAACUGCAACUCUAUCUGAACUGUUUUCCGAUGGGCAUUGGCUCCUACCACCAGCACGGACUGAGCAGCUACUUCAAGUGCAGAUACACCUCACAACGAUAUCUCUGGUAGAUGAAGAUGAUCACUAUGAAUGGGUAUUAAAUGAUGCCCGUACAAAGCGAUAUUCAAUAGGAGAGGUGUAUAGGAAACUGAGAAAUGAGGAAGAGGAAGCAGUACCUUGGGCAAAAAUUGUUUGGAUAAACGCUGGGAUACCGAAGCACAGUUUCUUAACUUGGUUGUUUGUCCUUAACCGCUGUCCGACUAGAGAUCGCUUACUAAGUUGGGGGCUACAAACGGAUUCAGCUUGUCUGCUAUGCAAUACAGGGGCUGAAUCACGGGAUCACCUCUUCUUCCAAUGCCGUUACACUUGGGAUCUAUGGCAAAUCAUCGCAGUUAAGUGUGGGCUAAUACCUGAAAGGGACUGGAACGGUUCCAUUUCGCAAUUGCAACAACUACAGGGAAAUAGGAUCAGGAAGAGACUUACUUACAUCGGUUGGCAAGCUGCAAUAUAUUGGUCUUGGAAUGAGAGAAACAAUCGACUACACCGGCGGCAAUUCAAGACUGUGGACUCUUUGUUUCGCCUACUAGAUCGACAGAUCAAAGACAAGAUACUAUCCAUGCGCCAAUCUAAUCCGAUCAACUCCUCCCGGCUCAUGCAAAUGUGGGUAUAA